UGAAGAACUCGAACUGAGUUUGAGGACUGAAUUCGAAACUUAUCUGAAAGGUUUGACCGACGAUCUUCGUCGCGAAGUUGCCGAAUUUCAGGCCAAGAUCGAAUCGGAGGUCGAAAAGCACAAAAGCCAAUUGGACACGGCCUUUCGCGAAUUUUCCGAUCGUUUGGGGUCAGAAAAGGAGUUUGACGGUGCUUUUUCCGAAUCGGUCGUCGAGCAUUUAAGGCUCGCGCGCGCUGAAGGCGCGCAGCGUGCGGCAAAAGCUGUUGCCGAGUCCGAAGACCGGCGAAGUGCGUCCGCGGCCGGUUCCGAUGACGGCAGUUUCGCCCAACUCAGAAAUGCUAGCGCAGACAUCAGCGCGCAAUCCUCGCAGGCAACGAUACUUCGUUCGCUGGUCGAACACGCGGCAAAAUUCACGACGCGCGGCGCAUUCUUUAUCGUAAAGAACGACAACUUUGUCGGCUGGCACGUUUUUGGUUCGAAUGCAUUCGCCGGUGACGAAACCGUCCGCUCGGUCGAAUUUCCCGUCGGAUCUAGGUCGCUGUUGGCCCACGCCGUCCGUUCGCUUCCCAGCACGCCGGGCGGUUCCGCCGAAUCGGCAGAAAACACGACGUUUCUCGGCCCGCUCGGCUUUGGCGAUCCGGUUUCGAUGCCCGCCAUUCCGCUGAUCGCACGCGGCCGCGGCGUCGCCGUUCUUUAUGCCGACACCACCGGUGACGACGCUCCGAUAAAUACCGAAGCUCUGGAAACACUCGUUCGCGUAGCGGGUUUGACGGUCGAAUUGCUCGCGUCGGCUCAGGCUGUUCCGGCAAGCGCCGUUCAGGAAACUUCGGAAGCCGAAAGCUCAUACGAACCGCAGCCCGAAACGGCGGUCGAAGAACCGGCCGCAGAAUACGAAGAACCGACGGAAUACGAAGAGCCGUCGUAUGCCGCCCAAGAGGAAGAAGAAUCCGCGUCCGAGAGUGUUUACGAGGUCGAGGCCGAACCGCAUUACGGCGAUGCCCAGGUCGUCGAAGAAGAUCACGCGGCGUCCUUUGAGAGCGAAGAAGAGAUCACCUACGAGGCUGAGGUCGAAGAAACGGAAGUUGUCGAAGAGGUUUCGCAGACCGAAUCCGGAUGUGUAUUCGCUGCGUCCGAACCCGCCGAAAUGCACGCCGAAGCGGAAGAAGCAGAAGAACCGGCCGAAGAGGUCGAGGUCGAACCCGAACCGGCCGAAGUUCAAAACGAAAUUCCCUAU